AAUUUCAUCUGAGCCAACUGUACGGAGAGGGAAGAAACUUUGAGACAAAUGUAGGAAUCGCAACGAGAGAAAGCAGGACUUUCAGCAGCAGCACGGAGGGAGGGAGAACACAAGGAUAUCUUAUCUGGGGUGAUCCCUCGUCGCAAUCUCUCACGGUCUGACACUCUCUCUGUCUCUCUCUUUUCUCUCUCUCUCUCCCAGACAGAGGAGAGGAGCAGCAGUGUGAAAGAACGAGUCGCUACUGGAACCGUGUAGCAGCCGCAGCUCUAUUCUAUUUUCUAUUCAUUAACCUUUUCCUUUUAUUUCUCACCUGCGGACCCCGGUUGAGAUGGCAGAGACACACUGAUUGACCCGAGGACCCCGGGUUGAUUUGGUAGAAACACACUGAUUGACCUGAGGACCCCGGGUUGACCCCGGGUUGAUUUGGCAGAGACACACUGAUUGACCUGAGGACCCCGGGUUGAGAUGGCAGAGACACACUGAUUGACUGGAGGAACCUGUGCAGAGACUAAAGGAUCUCACUCCACGCACCUGAGUGUCCAGAGGACUGAUUUAGUUGGCCACAGGAGAAGGAUUAAGGGACAAGGCUGGUACCUGGAGGAUCCACCAGAACAUAACAUCUGAUGCAGAACUUUCAGGACACUCAAGGAAAUUAUCCUGACACUACCAAAGCUAUUAUCCAUAUAAUAGUCUACAAUUGUCCAUUCAUAUCCAAAGCAAAAGUACAAGAGGAACUGGAGAGGGGAGUAUGGGACGUUGGAUCCGUGGUGGAGUGACUCCUGGUUGGUUCCCAGGGGCCCGAUGAGUGGCAGCAGCCAUAGCACCAGCCUACUUCGGGGCCGCCGCUUCUACUGCCGGGAAUGGGCCCUGGAAAAGCUUGGGCGCUGUCUGAAGGCCAGGUCCACUCCCGGCCGGCCCCCGGGGGUCCUGGUGACUGGGGGGCCCGGGGCAGGGAAGACAGCCCUAUGCACAGAGGCAGUAUGGCCCACAUCGGACGCAGGGCUUGGGUUGGCACCACGCUGUUUGGGGUUUCACUUCUGCCAGCGGGAGGACGGGAGGACCGUGGCGGUGUGGAGGUUUGUCCUUGGCCUGGUGGAUCAGCUGAGGGUCAGUCCCCUCCUCCCCCUGGGGUACAGGGACACACUGGACACCCCCUUGGUGGCUACCACCUUGGAGCCCCUACACUGCCAGAGGGACCCGGAUGACACCUUCAAAAGGGCAGUGUUAUUGCCUUUGCUGGGCCUCCCUCCCCCAGGGCAGCCCUUGUUUCUGGUUGUGGACUCCCUGGACUCGGGGUUUGAGUAUGGGGCCGGUGAGGGGUCCUCCAGUGCUGGGGCUCCAGGGAGGAACAACUCUAUCUCAGAGCUCCUGUCCAGCCACCAGCACCUCUUCCCCAGCUGGCUGCUCCUGGUCUGCUCUGUCCGCAGACAGAACAAGGCUGUGUGUAAGAUGUUCUCAGGUUUCCGUAAGCUGUGUCUGGAUGACCUGCGGAAGCCGGCGCCAGUGCGUGACGUGCAGCAGUACAUCUUGCGGAGGCUGGACCAGGAAGGGGCGCUCCGCCGUCAGCUGACCCCCGAGACAGCCGACAUGCUCAACCUGCUGCACAUCAAGAGUGGCGGCUGCUUCCUGUUUCUGGAACGCGUUCUAGACGGCGUGGCGGGGGCCUUGGUGGGUCUCCGGGAGAUCCGAGACAUCCCCGGGACCCUCAACGGCCUGUACCUGUGGCUCUGCCAGAGACUCUUCCCCAGGUGCCUGUUCCUUGAGGUUAGGCCCCUCCUCAACGCCCUCCUGGCCUCCCCUAGGCCCUUCACCACCCAGGAGAUCUACACAGCCACCUGGACCCAGGACAUGUCCCUCAGCCCCAUGGACUUCCAGAGCAGGCUGAAGGCUCUGUCUACGCUGCUCAUCGACGGGCCGGGAGGCAGCAAGCUUCUGUUCCAUGCUAGUUUUGCAGAGUGGCUGACGGACGUGAAGUAUUGCACCCAGAAGUAUCUGUGUAGCGUGUCUGAGGGACACACCAUGCUGGCCAUGGCUCUCACCCUGCGCGCCCCACUCCUUAACACAGAGGACACCUGUCAGAUGGGCUCGCACCUGAUCAGCUCAGGCAUGCACAAGGACAAACCUGCCCUCCUGGCCCUAUGGCUGUUGUGGGCAGAUGUGCCCUCUCUGGCUAGCUCCUCAUACCCCUCUUCCCCUGCCUCUCAGCCCCCUGUCCUGGUCAAGCAGGAAGUCCUCCAGCUGCUGAUGAAGAGUGGGGUGUUCCCUCCCUCCUGCGCCCCAGACAGAGGCCCCAGAACGGGGGUACACUGUGCAGGACAAGGGGGGACCAUCAUCCGGCGGGUGCUGGAGAGGCAGGACUCAAUGAGGGUGCUCUUGGACAGCGGGGUCAGUGUGAACCGGACCGACCCCACAGACGGACGCACCCUGCUGGCCAGCGCGGCUCACGCAGGCUCAGCCGACGUUGCCAUCCUGCUCCUGUCCCGAGGGGCUGACCCUUUGAUCAGUGACCACCAGGGCCAGACACCCCUGACACUGUCUGCCAGGCAGGGCCAUGUUAAGGUGCUGGGAAUGCUGCUGGACUGGGCCAGGGGUCAGCAGCCAGAGGCCGCCGUGAGUAUGGUGGAACACGCGGACAGCGAGGGCUGGACAGCCUUACGGUCUGCAGCCUGGGGGGGUCACACUGAGGCAGUGCACCUGCUGCUAGAUGCGGGGGCGGAUGUGGACGGGUGUGAUGCGGAGGGCCGGUCGGCGCUGAGGGCGGCAGCCUGGGGUGGUCAUGAGGAGAUCCUCCUCACACUGCUGGACUACAGAGCGCAGGUGGACAUGGCAGACCGGGAGGGCCGCACGCCGCUGAUCGCUGCCGCCUACAUGGGACACAGGGAGGCAGUAGAGAUCCUGCUAGACCACUGUGCGGAGGUCGACCUGGCCGAUGGAGACGGACGUACUGCCUUGUCCGUGGCUGCUCUCUGUGUGCCCACAGCAGCCGGGGUCAAGGGUUAUGGAGACGUGGCCAGCCUGCUGUUGGAGAGAGGGGCUGACCCAGGGCACAGGGACCGGAAUGGGAUGACCCCUCUGCUGCUGGCUGCGUAUGAAGGUCACGAGGAGGUGGUAGAACUGUUAUUAGAGGCUGGGGCAGACGUAGACGAGAGCGCCGGGCCACAUGCCGCCGCCGCUUCUGCAGCUGUCACCCCACUGUUGGCGGCAGCCGCCAUGGGCCAUACUAAGACGGUGGGCAGGGUGCUGUUCUGGGGCGCUACGGUGGAUAGCAUCGAUGGGGAGGGUCGUACAGCUCUGAGCCUGGCAGCAGCACAGGGCAGUGUGGAGGUGGUCAGAGCUCUACUGGACCGAGGGCUGGAUGAGAACCAUAAAGAUGAUCUGGGCUGGACCCCGCUGCACGCCGCCGCCUGCGAGGGCCACCGGGGGAUAUGUGCCAUCCUGAUGGAGAGUGGGAGCAUGGCUCGUGUCGGAGAGAUGGACAUCGAGGGACGGACGCCCCUCAUCUUGGCUGCGCAGGAGGGCCACUGUGGCACGGUGAGGCUGCUGCUGGACCACCGUUCACCCAUUGACCACCGGGCAUACGACGGCCACUCUGCGCUGAGCGCCGCCGCCCUGGAGGACCACGCUGAGGUGGUGGAGCUACUGAUGAGGCGGGGCACCGACACGGACGUACGGGACGCAGAGGGCCGUCCGCUGCUCUACCUCCUGGUUCUGGAGGGACAUCUGGACAUGGCUGCCCUCCUCAUAGAGAAAGGGGGCGUGCCCUUGGAGUCCCGGGACAUGGAGGGGCGUACGGCGCUACACGUGGCCACCUGGCAGGGCAAUCUGGAGGCGGUGGGGCUGCUGGUGAGCCAUGGGGCGGACCCUAACGCCCAGGAUGGGGAGGGACGACCCCCCCUGCACUCUGUAGCCUGGCGGGGUCAUGUGGCGCCUGGUCGUCUGCUUCUGGAGGUCAGGGGGAUCAAUGUGGAUCUGGCCUGUAGACAGCAGGGGGCCACGGCACUGAGCAUCGCGGCUCAGGAGGGCCACGCCAACAUCGUUGCCAUGCUACUGGAGGGAGGGGCCAACCCAGACCACGUAGACAAGUACGGCCGCAGCCCCGUCAAUGUAGCCGGAAAGCGGGGCCACUUCACCAUUGUCAGGAUGCUGGAGAGCUACGGAGCCAAACCGUACUCAAGCCUUCUGCCCCAAUCGAACACCCGGUCGCCCAAGUCAUCCACUGUGAAGAGCCUGUACUCAACCUGCUCAGAGAGUAACGAGGCUAGCGUCUCCACCUCCUCAGCCUCGGCCUCCUGCUCCCCAGGCUCCACAGCCGAGCAUUUCCACUCCAUCCAGAGCUCCCAGACAUCCUCCUCCACAGCCCACUCCCUGGCCACGGUGCAGACCGUCCCCGCUGACAGCCUGUCUUUCACCCAGCAGAUCCAGCAGCACUCCCUCCCCCGCAGCCGAUUUGGCCAUUCCACCCUGCCUCCGCCAGACUCCGCUCAUGGCAGCCUGCACAGCAGCAGCCGCAGGGCCCAAUGCCCUAAGGCCAGCCCUCCUCCACCCACCCUCUGCACAGUCACGGCCACGGUACAUGACUCUGAGCAGCCUUGCAAAGGCUACCCAAUAGGAUUCGACUAUCCCAGUAAACACAACCCCCCCAGCCUGAUCCAGGAGGAGAGGUCUCAGUACGAAGGGGGGAGGUGGAACUCUGUUAUGGCUUCUCUAGGGGUGACGCCUGGACAAGAUGGCCCCAAAAACAGGAACUGUCUCCCUAUGGGCUACCCUUACGAGCUCCAGAGCCCGGCCCAGAGAGAGACACGGGAGGAGAACCAGAAGAUGUCUAUAAAGUCCAGUAGUGCCUUAUCUCCUCCCUGCAUGGUGGUCAUGACGACCACGGACCCCCAGCUCAACCUGAAACAGGCCAUCAAGCUGCAGUUUGAAGGGCCCACCAGCGCUGCCUUAUACAAAAGAGAGACGCCCCUGUGAACUACUGACACCUACGGUUCUAAGUGGACGAGGUACAUUUUCACAGUGAAUAAUGGCUCUUACAGGGCAGAUGAUCUCUCUGCUCCACCCUCUGGUCAUCCCACCCUCUCCGCUCCACUCUCAGCAGAGAAGAUGAGAGAGGAAGAGAUCUCUCCACUCCACCCUCUGGUCGUCCCACCCUCUCCUCUCCACUCUUAGCAGAGAAGAUGAGAGAGGAAGGGAUCUCUCCACUCCACCCUCUGGUCGUCCCACCCUCUCCUCUCCACUCUCAGCAGAGAAGAUGAGAGAGGAAGGGAUCUCUCCACUCCACCCUCUGGUCGUCCCACCCUCUCCUCUCCACUCUCAGCAGAGAAGAUGAGAGAGGAAGGGAUCUCUCCACUCCACCCUCUGGUCGUCCCACCCAAGGCUGUAACUGGGGUUUUGAGUUUAAGUAUGGUUCUGGAAGGGUGAAGCUCAUUACCUUGAAAUGCUAUUUGGAGAACAACACAUCAUUAACCCAUCGGCUGCUUCAUUCACCUCAGGCCAUCUGCAAACACCUAGCCCAUUAGCUAUACAGUUGUAAUGUGAUACCUCUGAAAGGGGGGAGAUAUGAGAAAUGAUUCACACUGACACGUAGCAUCAGCGACAAACUGAAAAUGUCUGACGUUUUUAGAGUUGUGUUGGUUACAUUUUAAUGUUGGACGAUAUGGAAGAAAGGCCAUGUGGAGACGUUCAUAUUUAUUUUUUGCUUGUUCGAUAAGGGCUAGUACAGAUUUUCUCACGGGGCUCCUGACCCCAAGUUUGGGAACCACUGUACUAACCUCUCUGUCUGCUUACUCUCCGUCUGCCUCCUCUUCUUCUUUCUCCUGAAUGCAUUGUAGUCUGCCUCAGCCUCAUCACUGAGUGCAACAUCACUGUCUGUCUCAGUAGCCUGCUCUCUGUAGAGUAAAGUUACUAUGAAAACUUAGUAGCCUAUUUUUUUGCUCCUGAUGAGGUAGGCUUUGUUUAAUGUUAGCUUCUUACUUCAUCUUUCUAGCUGGCUCAGUAAUACUAGCCAGACACCUUCAACGUUACUGCCGGCAGACUGACAGAUCUAUAAGCGACAAUUUAUCAGUUGUGCACUCAUUCUCUGACAGCCGGUUUUUGUUUGUUUGUCUUUAGACACGACAGGAGUCACGGGACUGUUCUAACAUGGCCAGAGACAGAGACAGAGACAGACCAGAGAUGGAGACAGACCAGAGAUGGAGACAGAUACACAGACAGAGACAGAGACAGAGCAGAGAUGGAGACAGAGACAGAGAUGGAGACAGACCAGAGAUG